UACUUUCACCUGCUAUCCUAUUCCUAUUCCUAUUCCUAUUCCACUACACCACACCUCACUCCACUGUUCCUCGCAUCAUCACUGUCUCUGCUCCAAAUCAACGCUCUGCGCUGUUCAUCUCUCGCUCCACGAUCUGUGUAAGCUCUACGCGUCCUCUUUCCUGGACUUGCGAGGAGGAAAAAUCAACCCUCUCUCUGUUUGCCCCCAACUUCUUGAUUUUCUUUUACCUUGAUGUGAAUGGGAUGCUUUUUCUUGGUAGCCACGAAAUUGGUGCUUUGUCGUCUCCAAAUGCGACUAUGUUCUACUGGAUCUGAAGAGUAGUGACCAAUAUGUGGCUGGGUUUAUCCAUUGAUGUGUUUCGACACGUUAUUUCAUUGAAUCUGUAUUGCAGGGUUAUUCUAUAAGUUUCUUUUCUUUUGUUGAUCCGACCAAAGCAGAACCAAUUCUUUGUUUACACCAAGAAAUUUCACCAUUCAGAGUUAUCCAUGGGAUCCAAUCACUUCCCUUUCUUAGUUUGCUUUUUCUAUAUUCUAUAAGAACAUUCAACCACUGAUUUGACCAAACGUGUAGUAGCACGUCCGAUCUUCAUCAGCAAGUUGUUUUUAAUUAUUCAAGUCCACUGUCGUUUUGUUUCCUUUCUGUGAGCUUUGAAUUUGGUCGGGUUUUUCUUAGUCAAAUAGAUUAGUAAUAUCCAAGCACCUUCAACCUAGUUUUUACCAGGAUCCUCCUUCUUCUGUGUAGCUGUUUGUAUCUCAUUAGAAUCUCCCUUCUGAAGUUCAUUUAGAGGAUCAAAAGUAGUUAUGGUGUGCCAAGCAGCAAGCCAGACGAGAUUUAGGGCACUCAAACACGAGAAUGGGAUUGCUGGGGGAACAACCAUUAUAGUUAAAAUCAUAGCAUGCUUUCAACCUUUACAAAAUUGCCAGGCUGAGUAUUUCCGUCAGUUGUUGAAGCCCGUAACGUAGAUUGGUCCCAAGUUUCCGUUUGUUGCAUCAAGUUAUUUCCCUUGUUUUGUUUAGCAUAUCAGAAAGUAAUAUAUCACUGAGACUAUCCUAAUUAUUAAUACAUACAAGCAUUACCCUGGUUGCAUUUUGGCUGAAUGUUUGCAGCCAAAGAAUCUCAGACAAAUCAGAAGGCCUCUGCUCGAAAUUCUUCCAAUUUGGAUUACAUGGCACUUCUCAAGCACGAAUCAUUCACUCAAUUCCCGUGCGUGCCUCCUGCAAUGCGCACCUCCAGUGCUGAUUUUCCUGGAUUCUAUACUUCCGAUUUCCAUGGCCUGAAUGCAGGACAGCAAGAUACAGUUGGUGGGGUUUUGAAAUUGGAUGUUCCGUAUUGCAAUAUCUCAAACCCCACUGGAAGAAUAUAUCCGAACAAGGCACAAUGUGCUUUGCCCUAUGAGUUUGAUGUCUCAGAUAAGGUGAUUAAUGCUUCCUGUGCUCCUCAGAAACGGUUUCUUAUUUUUGAUCAGUCUGGGAGUCACACAAGAUUGUUCUUUAGCCAAUCCUUUCGUCCCGGGAAUCAAACUUUGGCCUCCAAGAGUCCUGCUAUUGCUAGUGGCCAGUGUGACAAAAUUCCGAUGCGGAUGGAUAGCCAAUUCUUGACGGAGCAGGAUUUUAUAGAAAAUUGGGGCGAAAAUGAUUUGAUUGAGGGAGAAGGUGAGAUGCGUGAAGAUACUGAAGAAAUCAAUGCUUUGCUCUACUCUGAUAGCGAUUAUGAUGAUGAUGAUGGCGAUGAUGAUGGGGAGAAUGAUGAAGUAACCAGCACGGGGCACUCCCCAUUCAUUAUUGAGGAGGAAUGCACCAAAGACAACGAAUUACAUGAGGAGGAACUCACAGAAGUGCUGAAUUCUGAUGAGUUGCCAAAAAGGCGAAGAUUGCUUGAUGGCAAGUACAAGAAAUCAUCAUUGGCCAAUGCCAAAAAUCCGAUGAGCCAGCCUGUGUCACACUGUUACGAGGAUGAUGAUGUGGAGUCUAGCUGCGCUGGUUAUUACAACCCCCACGACACCGACUUGCAUAAGAGGGCUAAGAAGCUUAAAAUUCGUGAAGCACUGUCGACCUUGGCAAGCAUCAUUCCCGGACUGAGCGUCAACGAUCCACUCUCUGUAAUUGACGAGGCAAUCGUGUACUUAAAAUCAAUGAAAGCCGAAGCAGAAUCCCUCCAACUGAGCUCCCCACUUCCCGAUCUGUUCGAAUAAUCAUCAGAGCUGUGGGGGAAGCAAGAAGGCACUAGUAAGCAUGUUUUUUAAUCAAAGUUAUUGAUGGGAUUUCAAAGUACUAAAGGUAACUUUUCCUUUAUGCAUCGACCUUUACCCAGCUUUUAUCUCUAAUCGUGCUUCAGCAUACCAAUAAAGCCGCAGCUUAAUGGGGGGAUGAAACUUAAAAGGUUCUUUCUUUACUCACUCCUCCUCUUCUUUAUUUCAGCAAAAAAAUGGGGCUAUUAUUGUUGACUUGAAAUGAUUAUGUAUUAUAUAUCCUUUUGUGGUGUGCUGUAAAUGAGAUGGCCCCUUUUGCUCAAAACACCAUGAAUUGCGAGCAUGCGCGUCUGGUGAUUAGGGAUUUGGUCCCACCACUCCAUUCCCUUCCCAUUUCUGCCUGCCUUUGCUUUUUUUUUUUUUUUUAUAUUUAUUUUUAUUUAUUAUCAUAAUUAUUGUUUGUUUCUGUUUGCCUUGAAAAUCGUUGUCUUUCUUCCCACCACUCAUGAUGGAUUUGUUAGAUCCAAUCCAUGUCCAAAUCUUGAUCUUUGUUGUAUCUUCUCUUCUUCUUCUACUUCUACUUGUGGGGUGGGAUUGUGUUUGUGUGGUGGUUGGUUGGAGGUUGUAUUGUAAUUCCCUUUUUUAUUUCCUUUUGUGUGUCUUUUUCUGGUUUGGUCCUGUGGUUGUAAUGAAUAUACUCUGCUGUUGCCAGUUGUACCUGUAAUCAUACACUUACUGCAUUCUACUACGACCUUACUGCUUUCUUCUA